AUGGCUUCCAUAUCUUCAAUGAUGUGUAUGAUUUUUCUCUCAUUGUUGUCAUGCCAAAUCUUAGCUUCCCAGAGUAGCUCUAAUGGCUUGUCACUAGAGCUGAUCCACCCAUAUACUCUAAUUAAAUCACCUCCAUCAUCAAUUCAUAAUCUUUCCAACGGUUCAGAUGCUUUGCAGCCAGACGCAAUCACUCCACCCAUUGUACCAAAAUACAACGCAUUCAUGCUUGUGAAGGUUGGUAUUGGCACCUUCACAGGGAAUCCCUCUUACAUGUCGUACUUGUUGGUGUUGGAUACUGGCUCUUCCCUCACAUGGGUUCAAUGUGAGGGUUGUGCUCAUAAAAGUAAAAGAUCAGAUAGGCGGCAUUGCUACCCUCAAAAGAAUAAAUUAUUUUCAAAUUCCACGUCUAAAUCUUACCGCGAUCUCCUUGACGACAAGUAUAAGAAGCAGGUGCCCUAUACAAUAACGUACGCUGAUGGUGACAAUUCUACAGGCGUUCUUGCGAUUGAGACUUUCACUUUCCCAACUGGUUCUAGUUCAUCUUCCCGCGUUGAAUCCGUUAAGGACGUAACUUUCGGGUGUGGUCUUAACAAUUGGGACCGGAAUGGUGAUGAUCGGUUUAAAAGAAUAUAUGUUGUUGCAGGGGCAUUUGGCUUAGGAAUCUAUGAUGGUUAUGGAAAAUAUUCUAUCUGGAAGAAACUAGAGCCUAUAAGUGGUGGAAGAUUCUCAUACUGUUUCGUAGGUUACGUGGAGAAACCCACACCUAUGUAUCUUAGGUUUGGCUCAGAGAUAAAGCCACCGGCAAAUUUGAGAACCACGAAAUUCUUGAAAAGUAAUUAUCAUGGUUACCGUGUGGCUUUGGAAGGUCUCGGCUUUGAAGGGAAGCGACUGGAUAUUGAUCCAAAGGUGUUUGCUCCCGCUCCCAGUGAUGAAAAGCCGGGUGGGUGUGUAAUAGACUCAGGUAGUACUAUGUCAUACAUAAUCAAGGAUGCAUAUGAAAAACUUGAAGAGAAAGUGAGGUCACACUUCUCAAGUCUUAAAGAAUUCAUCAGUUAUGUUGAUAACGAUGGUGCUCAGCUGGAUGUACAUCCUGAAGGCGUUUUCCUUAGGGAAGUAGAUAACCAAAAGAAACCACCCGAAGAAACCUUCUGUCUCAUGAUUCAAUCAGAUGACAAAUCUACCAUUUUAGGUAAUUUUCAGCAGGUAAAUGUCAAGUUCAUUUACGAUACCAAAAAGCAGGAGCUGCAGUUCGGGCCCGAAGAUUGUGCCCAAAACGGUUGA